ACGUACUCCAUGCGCUAUGUCCUCCCGGCCGCCGUGAUGUUGGGCACGGCCCCCACCUACAUCCUGGCCUGGCUGGGCUGGCGCCUCUUCUCCUUCUUCGUGCCGGGAGCACGCAUCUAUCAGGAGGUGGAUGAUCGCUUCUACACCAUCUACCAGAGUAUGGUGCUUUUCUUCUUUGAAAACUACACUGGCGUCCAGAAUAUUUAAGAUGAAGAGAAGUAGGUCCAUGAAGUUCAUGAUCUUCUGUGCUUGGCAGAUAAUACUAUAUGGGGAUUUGCCAAAACAUAAAGAAAAUAUAAUAUAUUUAUCAAAUCAUCAGUGCACAGUUGACUGGAUUAUUGCUGACAUUUUGGCAAUCAGGCAGAAUGCUCUUGGACAUGUACGCUAUGUUCUGAAAAAUGGCUUAAAGUGGCUUCCGUUGUAUGGGUGGUAUUUUUCUCAGCAUGGAGGAAUCUAUGUAAAACGAAGUGCCAAAUUUAACGAAACGGAAAUGAGAAACAAGCUACAGAGCCAGAUGGACACAGGCACUCCAAUGUAUCUUGUGAUUUUUCCAGAGGGAACAAGGUACAAUCCAGAGCUAACAAAAGUUAUUUCAGCUAGUCAAAUUUAUGCUGCUGAACAAGGCCUUGCAGUGUUAAAACAUGUCUUGACACCAAGAAUAAAGGCAACAUAUGUUGCCUUUGACUGUAUGAAAAAUUACUUGGAUGCAAUUUAUGAUGUUACAGUAGCUUAUGAAGGUACUGUGGAUCAAACGGGAAAGAGAAAAGAAGCACCUUCUAUGGCUGAAUUUCUCUGCAAAGAAUGUCCAAAAGUUCACAUUCAUAUUGAUCGCAUAGACAAAAAAGAUGUCCCAGAAGAACAGUUGUCUAUGAGAAGAUGGCUUCAUGACCGCUUUGAAAUAAAAGAUAAGUUGCUGAUAGAAUUUUAUGAUUCACCGGAUUCCCAAAGAAGAAACAAGUUUCCAGGGAAAUGUAUUAAUUCCAAACUAAGCCUCAAGAAAACUUUGCCAUCUUUACUAUUCUUAGGUGGUCUGACUGCUAGUAUGCUCAUGACAGAAUCUGGAAGGAAAUUGUAUGUGAAAACUUGGAUAUAUGGAACCGUAAUUGGCUGCCUGUUGGCCCCAGCUGGAAAGAUUUGCCUGAUAGUCAUGCCCACAUUGUUCAUACAUGAAGAAGUCACAGAACACUGUGUAAUGCAGUAUUUGGUGAUCCUGGAAGUUUUCAGGCCACCUUGGCUAGCCCCUUCCCAUUCAGGAUGAAAGUGCUCAUGCUUAAAGUUCUUACUUCUAUUCUGUUGUCAGAAUUUUGAAUGUAGAUUUACUACUACCUCUAUAUCUUAAUAAAGGUAAGAAAAUCAGUUUUUAAAUUGUACCUUAUAGCCGGUUUUUAAAUCUUUUGCAAAAUGCAUAGACUGAACCUAAGUAAUUUUUUGCUUACUAAGAUGGAAUUCAUAAUGUGCAAGUAAUUUUCAAAUAGUGGUGUGGUAGAAAGAGCCCUUUGGGAUCAGAAGAGUUCAGUGUAAAUGCUAACUCUUAAUACUACCUAUGUGUGAUCCAAGCUACAUCACCCUUCUCCCUCCCCUCUCCCCUCUCGGCCUCACUUUCCUCAUUUGUAAAAUGAGGGAAUUAUACUAGAUGAAUUAUUUUAUUCUAAGCUUUAUGAAACUAUGAUCUAUAAAGCUUAAAUUGGUAUGACUUGAUAAUUUAGCAUGUUUACCACAAUUUUUGAACAAAAUUUCAUUGUUUAAAAAUAAUUGUGUGUGUUCUUUUAGUCAUUCAGUGAUGUGUGGGUAUAAUGACAAGUUUUAAAAUUAUUCCAUUUUAUAAUAUUUUCCCUUAUCAUUUAAUAGAACUGUAACAUUUUAUAAAAUUAAAUUUGCUUUUUGUAAUAUUUAUGGAAAUGAAAUGCUUCUUCAGUGUUUUUUUUCUAUCAUAAAUACAGUAUAUUUUAAACAAUUACCGUGGCCUUCAUUUAGAAGUGAAUGGUUAACUAAAAGAACAAAAGAUUAAAUUUAAACCUGGAUUAAAUCAUAACGAAUUAUCAUUCACAAUUAGAAGAAUUCCUCAUUUUGAAAUUUUCACUUGUUGCUAUCUUAUGGAAAUGUUGGGGGGGAUGGGUUAUUAAAAAUCCGAGAUUUUCAGAAAAAUAAAUUUUAAUUAAGAAAUUUAUGAAGGAAAAAAGAAGAGAAAAAAGCAAAUUAACUAAAUUAUGAUAAUAUAGUGGAUAAGUCUCAAAAGGGAAAAUAAUGAAUUGUUCUUAAUGUUCUUUGUUGCAGAGGCAUUAACAACAUUUUGAUCCAACAAUCAUCCUUUUCUCUAGGUAAUCUAGGUUUUCUAAGAAUUCUUGUUACCAAGAAUAAAGUAUCAAUGUGUACAUUUAAUAUCUUUGCUUGUGGAAAUUACUUAAUGUUGUUCUUCUGUCCCCCUUAUUACCCUACACAAGAAUCCUGCCUUUUCUAGUAAUUCUGAUCAUCUAAAACAGUUUCAUUCAAUCUUACUUGCUAUUAGUCUUAACAUGUAAUGCCCCUAUUCAACUAAGAUUGUAAGCAUCUUGAAGGUAGGAGCUAAAAGAAAUCCUAUUUUGAAUUUUUAUAUUUAUUUGGGAAAUUAGAUUUUAUUUAGAUCACUUGGGCAUUGGGAAAAAUAAAAAAGGGAGAGAAAUUGCUGCAUGUUGGGAAAUGGUUAACUUAUCUUAAGUAAUAUACUACAGUUGGUUGGAAAGGAAAUAGUACUCUUAAUGGGUACUUUCCUCCUAAGUGUUAAAAGUAAUUGAAACUGAUCUAUUAGAAUUCUCAAAAGUCCUAAAAAAUUGAUUUAAAUAUCUACUUGAUGGAAAGGGAGAUCAGAGUAAUUCUCUCUAGAUCUUUAAUUCCCAGCAAAAAUAAGUAAAUAAAUAAAAUUUUAAGAAUUGUAGAUGUUAAGGGUGUUGAAGGAAGGUGAUAGAAUAUUUAUUAUCCCAGUCCUCUAUCAAGUAGGAUAUUUCACAAAAGAGCUCUUUAGGAGUUAAAAAAAAAAGGGGUGGUGGUGUGGUAGUGGUGGUGGUUUGUGCUGAAGUAUUUCACAAAAAAAUAUAUAGUAUUAUAGUGGUGGGGAUGAUAAUUCUUACAGAAAAACAAAUACUAUGCCCAUACUAUUGCCUGUGCCUAGGAUAACUGGUUCCAAUUUAUACCAAAUGAAAUCCUACCCACUCCUCGGGGCCCAAUAGAUUUUCUUUUCCAAUCAGAAGAGAUUUCUUCCUUCUGAGACCAUUCUUAUCCUGUUCAUUAUCACAAUUUAUAUGUGUGUAUGUGUGUGUGCGCACGCAUAUGUGUGUGUGCAUGUAUGUUCAAGGUAAUAGACCAUGUCAGUCAAAUAUUAAAUAUGUGCUAAGUAAGCUCUGUAGCCCUUGGAGAGUCCAUAAUCUAAUGGAAGACAACAAAUUGAAAAAGUUGGGGGAGGAGUAGGAGACUUGGCCUGUGGGCAUGAUGAAGACCUGAAGAUGGAAAAUAAUUGUCUUUUUUAGGCCUUCUCCUUAAAUGAAGUAUCUUAUAAAAACUCUUCUGAUGUCCACCCUCCAUCCUAUUCAAUGGGUAUGGGAUAUAAGGAACAGGUGGUACUGAGGAAGUAUAAAUUUCAUAAUUGAUUUGAUCUUGUGUGACAUAGGGUCUCUGAAGACAGUGAUGUCCAUAUCCUAUUCUUUGUAUCCCACCUACUUUGUUUCCUUUCACAUUAAUAAGCACUUCAGUGUUUUUAAAUUUUUCUCUUACUCAUUCUACAUCUGUAGUACUGGUAUCUUCAGAUAUUAUUCAGAUUCCCAGAGGAGGGAAACCAGAAUUGUGAAAUGUCUUGAAUUUAUGCCAAGAGAAUCAAUAGGUGGAAUGGAGAUAUUUAAUCUGAAGAAUUUUUUUAAGAAUUAGAUGCUAAUCAUCCCCAAGUAUGUGAAGAAUUGUAAAGUAGUAUAGUAUUUGCUCUUUUUUAGUCCCAAAGGACAGGACUAAAAAUAGUGGGUAGAAGUUGCAAAGACUCAAGUUUAGAACUAAGUAAAGAAGACUUCCCCAACAAUCAAGCUCUGUAGAAAUUGAAUGAGCUGCAACAGGAUGAUAAGGAGCUUCCCUUUAUUGAAGAUCUUCAAAGGCUAGAUGAUUGACCAUUUAUCCAUUGGAUUGUAAAUUUAUUUUGGUUUGGGCUGACUAAAAUGCUCUAUUAUCAGCAUCUCUUUUGGCUGAAACUCUGUGGUUCUGUGAUUUGGAUAAAAGUGUCAGAGAAAUCUCUUAAGUGUGAUGAAUUUCAGAUAAUUGCAUAUCUUUGGUGAUGAAAGUAAGAUGAAAACAUUGCUCUCCAUCUCCUCUUUACUAUAAAAGCUCUUUUGCAUAUUUUUCAUGUGAGGUAAUUUACCUCCAUUUCUCCCUUUCCUAGUGCAUACUCUUUAUUCCUGGGUAUCCCCUUUUCCCCACCCUCCCAUCAUAUUGAAGCGGGAGUAAACGGUUUGCUUUACUAAAGUUGUGUUCCCUUUAAGAAAUUGUAUUUCCUUUUGAUCUGAGAUCUCUUUCAGAG